GUUCGCUGCACCCCCACUACAAGAGCCCUAUCGGCGCGUAUGAUUCAAGUUCCAACAGGCAACUCUGGAAUAUAACUCUAGUCAUCUGUCUCAACUGGCAUGCGUGGCCUUUUGCGGUGAAACAGGACGACUUGAAGCUGACAGCAUAAGCCUGUUCGUAUCAUCAUGCGCCAACCACGUUCAUUUGGCGCAUGGGAAAGUGGCAUUAGCCCCGAGAUCCUUUCCGGCGAAGUAGUGUCAUUGAGCGCUCCCCGUGUCGAUACCGCCCGGAAUCACAUCUACUACCUGGAAGCCGAUUGCGAUGGCCAUGGUCGCAUUAUGCGCACAGAAGUCUUGCCUCACCGGAAGAUCCUUCCGGACAAGUACAACGUCGGUAGCAGUGUCAAUGGAUAUGGGGGGGGGGCUUUCAUUGUUGACUGCGAUGGCCGUGUCGUUUUCGUUGAUGGAGUCACAAAUGCUGUGAACAGAACAGGCACCGAGGCCCACGACGUGGAAACGCUGAUACAUUCACUCAAUGCCAAGUUUGCCGACCUGUGUCCGCAUCCGAGCUCUGCGUCCUUCGUCCUCGCCCUUCGCGAAGAAGAGAGCCAUGGUAAAACGCGCCCGGAUACCAGCAUCGUGCUCAUUGAUACUGUGUCAAAAACUUACAAGGUAGUGCAGUCUGGCGCCGACUUCUACUCUCAUGCGCGCUUCAGUCCGGAUGGUCAACACGUUUGCUGGCUCGAGUGGAACUUUCCACACAUGCAAUGGACUGGCGCUAUCUUGAAGGUUGCAGAAUUCCGCAACUCAUACUUUGUCAAUGCACGCCAAGUUGUAAGCGACAUUGGAGUUGGUCAGCCACGAUGGGGAACAAGCGGCACUUUGUACUUCGCCAGCGAGAGAUCUGGAUACCAGCAGCUCUAUGCAGUAUCGCUAGAAAGCAACGCGUCUCGCUGGCUACGCUUCAAGGAAUUAGAGCAGUGCGAAUUCGCCGGUGCAGAAUUCUGGCUUUCGAGUCUCACUUACUUUGAGCUCAGUGAGGACAAGAUCGUCGCCACUUACACCAGAGAUGCUACCAGUUUCGUCGCUGUGCUGGACUUGGCGACCGGCAAACACAUUGAUCUGGAUCUUGAGAUAAACGACAUUGCCUACGAUGCCAUGCAACGCAUCGAUGAUUACGAAUUUCUCGUCAUUGGCGCUUCGGCGAGCUGCCCACCAGCACUCUACCGCAUCUCGCUCGAUCCUGAAACGUUACAUGUCAAAAACACCACGGUACUAGCUCGGAGCUUGAACAUGUGCCGCAUACCGCGAGGAAGCCUGUCGACGCCGAAACCUUUCAACUUUCCCCGUUCGUCCCCAGAUGCAGACACAAACCCCGCUUUGGAACAUGGCCAUGCCUUUCUAAUGCUACCAACGAGCCCGUGGUACUGCUCGAUACCGGGGAAACUACCUCCGUGCAUCGUAUUUGCGCACGGCGGCCCGACGAAACAUCACCGACCGAGCGUCAAUCUCGAGAGCCAGUUCAUGACGUCGCGCGGCUUCGCCGUGGUGCUGCUCAACCAUGUCGGCUCGACGGGCUACGGUGGCACUUACCGGGACGCCAUGAACGGGAUGUGGGGCGUCUCGGACGUGCAAGACGCGGUCGACUGCGUCAACGCGCUGGUGCGGCGCGGCGUCGUCGACCGCGCGCGCAUAGGCAUUACGGGCGGCAGCGCCGGCGGCUACCUGACGCUGCAGGCCAUGUGCACGGCGCCCGAGACGUGGGCGGCAGGCAUAAGCAUCUGCGGCAUCUCCGACAUGCGCGCGUUUGCGCGCGACACGCACAAGUUUGAGAGCUGCUACGACCAGGUCCUCGUCCGCGACAUUGCGAGCCAAAGGCAUGACGGCGUCAACGAGGACGCGCUAUAUGCGGCGCGCAGUCCCGUCGCGCACGCGGCCCGGCUUCGCGCGCCGCUGCUGCUGCUGCAGGGGACCGUCGACCCGGUCGUGCUGCCGAACCAGGCAACCAUGUUUGAGGAGGCGGCAAAGUGCCACUUGUCCAAGGAAAAGAUGAAUGGCUUCAUCGCGGAUGAGGCGGUCAAGCUUGUCAUGUACGAGAACGAAGGCCACGGCUUCCACCUAGCAAGCUCCAAGAAGCACAGUUUGGAAGAGCAAGAGGCUUGGUGGCUCAGGUCAUUGUGUGGGAAGAGAUAUUCGUUGGCGUAGACAGGACGGUCCUUCAAGUACUCUGCUGCCAUGCUCGUGACUCCGAUACUCGCUUAUGGCAUCUGCAGCAGACUUUUGAUAUUACCAGACAGAUGUAGAUGCGGCUUUGGCUACGCGGACUCAUGUGGAUACCUGGGUACAGCCCUUACCAAAGCGGUUCAGAUAAAUGUGGACAGUAGUCCACUCGUUUGAAAUUUCAUGUGCAAACUCCAUACGGACUGAUUGUGCGAUAUGAAAACCUAUCCUUCACUCUGUCCCCCAGGUUAGUAUGGGACUGGGAUCAGAGUGAGGUAAAGUGCGGAUUGGUUAUUCGCAUAUCUGCCGCUGCAAGGGCGUUCCGCCGCUUAAAAAUAAAGAAACUGCAAAUUUAGUAUGCAGACGCUAGGAAUUACAUUCCUGUCACCCCCUGUCAAACUCAACUUUUCCUGACGUAGAACUGCUCUACUUGUUAAGUUGUACCAAGAUUAGCGAUUAUA